CUUUCCAACUCUUCCACGGGGGGCUGCGCUGUACCUGUCCCCUUCUCUAAUCCUUUCCUUCCCGCUGUGAGUGAUCUAGAAUCGGCAGCAUCACCACCAUUCAUCUCCAGACACAAGCAUCCUCCGCCUACGCCGAUAUCAUCCCAUCUCAUCUGGGAAGCUGGGCCUCGUCGACGCCCCUGUCUCAGCCUCCUCCAUAUUCGUGACCGACGGAGGCCCCAGCGAGGACAAGCUCCUGCCGGGGGACCAGAUCCUCAUGAUCAACGGUGAGGACGUGAAGAAGGCCCCCAGAGACCACGUUAUCCAGUUGGUCAGGUCGUGUAAGGAUAAAGUCCAGCUGACGGUCACCCAACCUCCCCUGGAUAAUUCAGCGAGGAAGUCCGCCCUGCUGAGUGCCGCCAAGAAGCAGCGUCUCAAGUCCAACCCUUCGAGGGUGAGGUUUGCUGAGAGUGUCGACAUCAACGGCUCGCCCUCGUACUCUCCGUCCAACUUCAGCUCGAGCGAGUCGACGACGCCGUUCAUGCCGAACGUACUCAAGGUGUUCCUCGAGAACGGCCAGACCAAAUCGUUCAAGUACGACUCGAGCACCACGGUGGGGGACGUGCUGGACUCCCUCCACCAGAAGCUGGGCAUCAAGUGCCCGGAACACUUCUCCCUGGUGGUGGAACACGUCAAGAGCCUCAGACGGAACAAGCUCACUAUACUAGACCCGAAGGAGGCGCUGUCCAGGAUUGCAGCUCGUCCGGGGGCUCAGCACCUGAGAUGUCUUUACCGAGUGACCUUUGUACCGCGGGAUGCCUAUGACCUCCUCAGAAAGGAUUCCAUGGCCUUCGAGUACCUCUAUCUCCAGUGUUGUAACGACGUGAUCCAAGAGCGGUUCUCCCCUGAGCUGAAGUACGACGUGGCGCUACGGCUGGCGGCGCUGCACAUCCAACAACACGCCCUCACCAACAACAUGUCCGCCAAGGUCUCCGUCAAAAACAUCGAGAGAGAUUGUGGCUUAGAACGCUUCGUACCGUCGUCUCUAGUCGACUCCAUGAAGCGUAAGGAGCUCCGAAAACUCUUAUCCCACUUCUUGAAAAUCAAUAGUAAUUUAACUACGCCGGGACAAAAACAAUUAACGGCGUUGCAAGCAAAGCUCCACUACCUCAAGAUCAUCUCCGAGCUCCCGUCUUACGGCGCCAAGUGCUUCUCCACAAAUCUCAAGGACACCAACAUGGAAACUGUGAUAUUGAUAAGUCCAAGAUUUGGGAUCAGUCAAAUUACGGGCAUCAGAAAUAGCAUGGUCUAUGCUGUCCACCUCUGUGGCUCCUCCGUCCUGCCUGAGGCUCUAUGUGAGAUCGAGCAGGCGACGGGGGUGAGGGUGAGCAGGGAGGACGAGCUAUCAUACUGUGUGGAGAUCUCUCUCAAGGACCCCGACAAGGAGGUGAGUACCGCCCUAAGUCUUACAAGGAGCCGCCCUCAGCCAGCCCCCAUCUUGUCUUAUAUCCCACAGACAUCUCUUGUCCUCCGGAGGCAAAUACAACCCCCCAAUGUUAUCCUCUGUAGCCUUCAAGGAUGAGAGUAUAUUCCUCGCAUCUUGUCGUGUCUUCA